GACCAACAGGAGAGUCUCUGCACGCAGUUGCAGCAGCUUCCAAAGACGGAAGACUUAUGGCCAUCCGUGAGAUUUCAUCGGAGGAUGCCUCAAAGUAUGAUGAUGGUGCAACGGUGCUUGUUUUGAAGGACACCUUUGGAAAGCUGCGCCAAGGAGGCACUUUCCUCAACAGCCUGGCUUCGGAGGUUGCUUACCAACGAAACUGUCGCGGAGUGGUGACUCGAUCGAGAGCUCCGUUCGCGCAGAUUCGCAGGGAACUGCCGUUUUCACAUCACGAGGAUAGCAUCCUGUUGAUGGAUGAGAACAUUUUACUUGGAGCCGACGGUAUUUUAGAUGAGGCGCCCAGCUACCUCCAGGAAGAUUGGUUUCACCAUUUCCCGGAGAUGCUGCGGCCUUCGCGCUUGUGCCUGAUCUUGGGUGGCACCGGAUCAAGAUCAGAUCUGCAUGCAGAUCCGCUCUCCUGGACAGGUUGGAACUGUUUGCUGCAAGGCUCAAAGGCUUGGAGAUUCUAUUGCCACGAACAUGAAAGGUCUGAGCCUUUCCAGAGCAGCCUGCGACCCUUCGGGAUCAAAUCCCAGGACUCGAAGGAAGUUGAGCUUUGCUCCAUCGGUAGCAGCUUUGUAUCUGAAGUGGACACUUUCGCGACAGGAGCGGUGCACAGGCCUUUCAGCCUGGGAGCAGAUUUGUCACGGUUCCCAAAGGUAUCUAAUGCAACACGACCCUUGGAAUAUUUGCAGAAAGCCGGUGAGACGCUGAUCUUUCCUGGACAUUGGUGGCAUCAAACCUAUCACUUGGGUGCGACGGUGGGCCUUGCCGGACAACUCCUAAACCGUCAGAAUCUGAGGCGUGUCAUGGGUCAUGUGAUUGACUGGUGCGGCCUGGAAGUUGAUGAAGGUAUCUGGCAAAAGUCACCUCAGGAGGUAAUAACAGAGGUGCUGGGAGAUGCCAUCGAUUCGAUGUGACCAAUGUGACCUGAUCGGCCAGUAGCAAGUUGGACAAGCCGAAGUCCUUAAACAGUUCCCGUGUUAUGCCGCCUGGGGUUCCUAGAGACGUCAACUCUAUGGCCCCCAAAGUGGAACUCGGAAUCGCACAUUGCUGCUACCAGAGUGCUCCCAGUGAAAAGCUCAGAACCAAAGCCAGUUUCUGAUGUGGUGGCGCACUUCGUCAAAUUGGUGAAUGAUGUGAACAUUUCAGAGAUCCCUUGCCCACUGACAUUCUUUUGAGCAAGGCACAGCGACAAAAGAUGGCUGGGCUUGAAAUUGCAGAUCCGCCGCUCCCAUUCCC